CGCGUCUGCGGCGUCACGCGCGUUCCCUCCACGCCCAGGUGUAGCCCUGUAGACACAACCCACAAGAGAAACUCCUUGUCGGGGCAAAACACCUCACACCUCAGACUGUCAGUCGACCACAGAGCAGCGGGGACGGAUCACGCGACACGGCCUCCGCAUUCCAAAGCAACCAAGAGGACUAUCCUGCUUCUCUAGACAAACUACGGCAGCUGACAACGUCCACGUCCUACAAUCCUCAGUUUCUAGUCUGAUAGUCCUGCUGUGACUCUUUCUAUACAUCUCCUACCAACCCCGGGCCCCACUCGCCAGCCGCACACGGGCUGUUUAUAUGCAUCCGAAGCCUGCCGGAAGUUCCAGCUGUGUAGGAGCUCCAGGCCUCCGUCACCGAGCAUCUGCUCCAACCAGAGACGUUGUUGUUCUAGGUGGAGGCACUGAGCGCGCUACGUAACCUGCUGACUCAAGACCUGCACCAGGAAGAGACGCAAAGCCUGACCUGUUUCAAGCAGAAAGUACUUGCACAAUCUCACAGAGAGGAAACGCACAGCAGCAGACCGAGUGUCCGCAGCAUGCAGGGAAAGAACGAGAUGGAGCAGCAUGCACCCGGGUCUUCUUCCCCACACUCGCCACUUAGUCCUCACCAGACCACCAACAAAGAAGAGACCGUGCAGGCCUUCAGGGCCAGUCAUAAGAAACCCGCCACAGGCCUGUCCCAGAAGUCCAACUUGCACCGAGCCAGCAGUGUCAAAGACCUGAUCAGUAAAUUCUCUGGUCCAGAUCAUGUCUCAUCCUCCGGUCCCCUACAGAACCCCUCGUCUGGAACAGCUCAAGUACCAAAGUUCACUCCCGGAGAGGCUCUAGGGUCUCCGAGGUCAACGUUGAGUGCUUCGGACUUCGCGCUGGACAGCGUCGGGCGAGACCAGGGUGUGCUUCCGAGCAUCACCGUGACCCCCCUAUUCCGCAAAACCCUAAACUUGUCUCGGUCGGCUCAGAGAAGCCCCGAUACUAGUAAGAUAGUUGCGAGAAUAGACUGUCCAGUAGGCGGUAGCGUUGAGAACACUGAUUCAGAACCAAGGAGCAAAGCCCAAACCACAGAGUCCGGGAAAGACUCUGGCGUGGGAUUGGAGUCUGAAUUGGAUUCAAACAAGCAGUCGGAGAGCACAUCGGAGGAGGAGCCCACCACACCCCGAGUCAUCCCGGCCAUCCAGAACCCCAAAUAUCAGCUUUUUCUCAACAAUGAUCACAAGACCAACGGGUUGAGUGGCGGUGAUGCAGAUGGUCCAGGAGGCGGUGGGAUGUUGGGGGAGAACGGCUCCAAGCCGGCCCGAUGGGAGACCAACCGGCUGGGAGGGAACCACUUCCGAGGGUCCCUGGAGUCCCUGGCCUCGCGGGACUGGGACAAUACAUCUGACAGGCCCUCCAAGUUCUUCAACAGUCCGUACGCCAACGCGUCCUCCAUAGAUCACAACCACAUGAACCGAAUGUCUGAGUUCAAGGUUCCUGGUAGACUGUCUCCUGCCAACUCAGAGAUGAACAUGUACAGCUUCAACGGUCGGAGCAUCAGUCCAGUGGGAACGUCCCCCCUCAACUCCGCCCGACCCCGUUACUCCGCCUACGACACUCUGGUGAAGAGGAGGGUCGAGGUCAACAACACUGUGGCACCCACCACCCACUACAGUAUGCGCUCUAACACCCUGGGAGCGCCAAAUAAAAAAAAUUUCAUAGAAGAGUUGACUAAACAGAUGGAUGCCUGCCAGAAGCGUAACCAGUUCCUCGAGGCAGAGAGUGUGGAGAUGGAGAAGGAGAGGAGCCAGAUAAGGUUUGAGAUGCGCGGCCUGUUGGUGAACAAUGAGGACUUGCUGAGGGUCAAUGCUCAGCUGAACAGUGAGAUGAAGAGGAUGAGAGAGCAGAUGAUAGAGAUGCAGAGGGAGAACAAAUCCGUGGUCGAGAGUUACAAGGAUAUGGAGAUUGAGGUGAAGCAGGCCCGGGAUAUCAGGGUGGAGGCUAACAACCAGGAGUACGCCUUUGGCUUUCUCCAACAGUCCCUCCAAAACCAGAUCAAAGACGCUGAGGAGAACCUGGAGAAGCAGACGCAGCACGCCCAGACCUUGUCUGAGAAGUUGUGGCAGGCAGAGAGACAGCUGGAAGAGCUGGAGGUCCACAAAGACAGCAGAGACAAAAAGGCCUCGGAACUCAACUGCACCAUCCUCAGGUUGGAGUCAGAGCUGGGUGAGGCCCUGCUGGUGUCCACGCAGGCUAUGGCCCAGCUGAACCUGCAGCAGAAGCUCCGUGAGGACAGUGAGCGGAGGGUGGAGGAGCUGGAGGAAUCCAUGUUGGAGAAGGAUCAGGAGCUGCAGAGACUGCAGACGGUCGUCGGCAGACUGCAUGGAGAGGUCUCUGGUAAGCUGAUCGAUAAGGAGCAAACGCUGGAGGAGGAGAUUCAGUUGAGAGAGAAGAUACAGCUUCAGUGUAAGCAAGCAGAGAGGACGGUUGAUGACCUCAAGAUGGAGCUGCAGAAUACAAACCAGGCCAGAGAGGAGCUGGCCAAACAAGUGAAACUGGCUCAGGAGAAGAUGAUUGACCUGGAGAGUGACCUGGAGGAGCUACAUGACAGCGAGCUGAGAUGGGCCAGCAAACACAAGAGAGCUAUUGAGCAGAUUGAGCAACUCCAGUUGAAGGUGAUCCAGGAAAAGGAUCUGAAUGACCAGCUGGAGGCUGACAAAGUUGCCAUGGAGAGACAGCUGCGUGAGCUACGUAUGGAGGUGGAGGAGCUACAAAGCUCCAGAGUUCAGGAGGAUGUCGUUUCCAGGGCGGAGAGCAGGGUUAAAGAGCUGGAGAACACUCUGAGGACUGAGGAGAGGAACAAGUCGGUUCUGACCAACACAAUCGGUAAACUGGAGAGGAGGAUAAACGAGCUGAGCGAUCAGAUGGAAGAAGAACACAGGAUAGCAACUGAGCAGAAAGACCUGAUGACCCAGAGGAUGCGCUCAUUGAAGCGUCAGGUGAAUGAGGCGGAGGAGGAGGCGAGCCGGAAGGAGGUGCAGUACCGGCACACCCAGAGGGAGCUAGCCGAGGAGAGGGAGACGAGCGGCCGGCUGCAGAGGCAGCUGCUCGACCAACACGUGCAGACAAAGCGUAAAGAGACCCUGAACAUCCGUCAGACCCUGGAUAACCUGAGGUUGGACUUGAGUGUCGACGACGAAGACGCCGACCAGCUGCCGCAGCAGCCGCUGACGGCCAGUGUCACCGAAGUCUAAACUGUCACACUCCCUCAAAACAAAUCAUGACAUAACAAGCUAAGUGAGGUGUGACCUUUUUCUAAACCUGCCCCUGCCAUGUUGCUAUGUUAAUAGAUGGGAGAGGUAAGCAGGUAAGCAGGUUGUCCAGUCUUCCAAAAAUAUGAAAACAGGUUAAAACCUCUAAAAAGUCUACCAGGAUAUUUUCCUUUUCCCACUACUAUAUUGUCAAAGGUUAAUUAAUUAUUUUUUUUGUACUGAUCUUGUAAUUUCCCAAUAAUCACCCAGAACAUGUUCUGGAAAGGACUUUGGAAUCUUGUUUCAAAAUAAAGAAAAAGUUACUAAUUUGCGUUGAAAGAUGCUUGUAAAAGUAGUUGCAUGCAUGUUUUGCUGACUUCUUAUAUACACUAAGAAGCUAAGAUGUUAUUGCCAAUUUUUUGCAAGUGUACUGACAGGUACAGCAAUUACGCUAGCCGACAAAGCCAGAGGCAUUCCCCUUUCUUUUUUUAUUACACAAAAUAUUAAAGAGAAUUGUUUCCUGGUUUUGUGCCAAAGGCAAUGAAUGGACAGGAGCUUAGUGAUGGAAGAUUAACUUAAAAGGAUAAUUAAUGAGUUAAAAUAGUCAAUAUCAAAGAUGUGUUAAAACAUGCCUAUUUUAAGCUUGGCAUUUUCUUCAUCUUCUUGUAGUUGCUGUUAAAAUGAGAUUUAAAUAGCCCGAUGUAGAUUUUUUGGGUGUUUCCUUUCUACAUCAUCCAGUUAUAAAAAGGUGUCCUGACGUUUAACUCCGGCAUGGUUAUGUUUGAUUCAGUUUUCGGCAUGGGGCCCAUUUUCAACAGUUUUUAAAAAAAAAUUUAAGAAGGUGCACACUCAAAGACUGCUUUGCUGACAGUUCUUUCAUAAGGAGGGUUUUCCAUGUAGUAUUUGAACAUCAUUCACCCUGGCUUGUUACUCGGUUAUGAUAACAUGCUGUAAAUGUAGAGGGAUCUUUUCAUGCGAUUGCUUUUUGUAUUAAUUCACACACACAAACAAUUACGAGAUUAUUCAUGUUGAACUGUGUUUUGGGGAUUUUCUUCAAUUGCAAUUGCUUAUGGGGCAAAUUAAGUAAUUUCAAAGAAUGAAAUAAAAGAUUUUAGUUUUUUUGGUAUUUUUGGUUUUAGGGGGUUUGCUGCUGUAUUGACCCACGUACAGUACAUGGCCAAGGUAUAAUAUUUAAGAAAUAGAAUUCUCAGCAAAGAAGAUAAUCUAACUUCACAGUUGGUGUUAAUCAAAAUUAACUCAAACAAGAAAAUAUUAAAUGGUAAAAUACUGUUCAUUUAAGGUGUUUAAGGUCUCAAGACAGAUUGAUGUGUCAUUACAGUUCAUCAAAGCUUUGUGUUAAUACAAAGUGGCAAUAACAAUUAUAAAAAUAGUGUUAAAACAGUAAAUGCUUGGUUGUUUUAUCCACACCAUUCCCUUGUUUCAUUCUGAAAUAUUGAUCCAAAGGUUCAUUGAAAAAGAAGAAACUCAUUUUUCCUGCUUAAGUUGUGAGGAAAUUAAACCCAGCUGUGUUCCUGGAUUUUCUGUUAUGCUUACAUUUAUUAGCAUUCUUCGCUUUAUUGGAAAUUCAAACAUAAAUUGCUUACAGGAGAUUCAUAUUUCCACUAUUUGGAAUCUGUGCUACAGUGUCAGUUUUUGGGGUUUAUUAUUUUCGUAACAAAAAGCGAAUAAUGGUGUCUACCUAAAAUAAUGACUUAUUUUUGUAAGUUCACUCCAUAUUCUACUUGUUCAACUAUUCUGGGGUAUUUAUUUUCACAUUCUCUGUUUUGGUGGGUUUCUUUGUACAAGAUGAAAAUAAAUUGUUAUCCACUGUGAAUUCUGGAUUAUUAAGA